CAACGUGUCUAACAACAGCUUCACAGGACCAUUCCCCUCCAUAUUCUUGAGUUUGGAUGAAUGGGAUACCAAAACCAUCGACCUCGCACACAACAACUUCUCAGGACCCCUUCCACCAACAAUUGCUGACUGGAUUUCAGUGUAUCAUCUUGCCACCACUCAUCCCAUGAGCUCCUCAAGUUAUGAGGAAGGAACGGAGUGGCAUAUGAAGAAGCCUGGGCAGCCUUGUCAAUCUGACGUCCCUGAACGUCUCGGGCACGGGGCUGACCUGCCCUGUAGAGGGCAGCAAGUGUGUGGUGCAGCAGAGAAACACCACCAGCUUCUGCCACCUCUGUUUCUCCUUCUGCUCCUCCUGCACGCCCCAUGCAUGUAA